UAGGAAACAAACGGAAUAUCACCAUCCUUAGGACUCCAGAAACUGAAUUGGACCUUUAGACUAUUUGACUGUUGGUAUUGGAGCAUAUGCUUCUGUGGACUUAGGCACGACCAGGAUCAAGAAGCAUACUGCAGCCAUACCUCAGGGAUAGUCUUCUGUUUGCCACUUUGACUGAGUAGAGGAGGCAACUCCCUAGGUUGAAGCUGUGUCUUUAAUUGCUCUAGAAGAGCACAAAUUCUCACUUAUAUAUAACUCUAAAACAUCCCCAACACCAUCAACAAUGGGUAACAGCAAGAGUGGCGCUGUGUCCAAGGAGAUUCUGGAGGACCUGAAACUCAACACCAAGUACACAGAGACUGAGAUUGCCCAGUGGUAUGAAAACUUCAAGAAGCAGUGUCCAACGGGGCGCAUCACAAAAGAAGAGUUUCAGAACAUCUACAGCAAGUUCUUCCCAGAAAGUGAUGCCCAAACAUACGCCCAGCACGUCUUCCGCUCCUUUGACACAAACGACGAUGGCACACUGGACUUCAAGGAGUACAUCAUCGCUCUCCACAUGACAUCAACAGGCAAGACCACCAGGAAACUGGAGUGGGCCUUCUCGCUGUUCGAUGUGGACAAGAACGGAUAUAUCACCAAGGCAGAAGUCAAGGAGAUCUGUACGGCAAUUUUCAAGCUGAUUCCUAAAGAUGAGCUGGCCGCUCUGGCUGAUGAUGAAAACACAGCUGAGAAGAGGGCAGAUAAACUCUGGAACUUCUUUGAUAAGCGCGAAAACGAGCGAGUGGCAGAAGGAGAGUUCAUCCAGGGAGUGUUGGACAAUGAAGACGCUCUUCGUUUGAUUCAGUAUUCACCUUCGAAGUAACUCCUCUGCAGAUUCUUCAUUGCACCUGUCGUUCACACUUUAUUCCUUCAGUCUGCAAACCGUCAGCAGCUGUGACGAUAACGCCCCAAUGCUCAAAAUUCAAUAUGAUGCAGAAUCUCCUCCAGGGUUUUAAUUACGUGUCACCAAAGUAUGCAAACUGUCUGAACAGCUUUCUUUAUCAUACUGUAAAUAACAUUAAUGUAACAAAGCUCUCUGUCAAUCUAAAAACUAUGAAGAAGACGUCAAUAUUCCCCAGUACAUGUCACCUAAUUGAAACUUUCCCACAUCUAAAUUUAAAUGUGUUACUCUCUUCACUGAAGUUGCAAUGGAUGAAGCACAUACUGUCUUUCUGAAACUGUCUGUGUUUAGAUUACAUAUCUUGCGAUACUGUAAUUAUGCAGGUGUGUUGUAGCAACUCAAGCACACAAAUUUAAUAUGAUAACAUGUCACGUGCUUUAGUUAAAGUAUUAUCACCAUGAAAAAUGUUCUUUUUUCUCUCUUUCGGGCAGCCUAGUCUCUCAUUUUACUCUGGGAUGCUUUUUAAAAGCCUGACCAACAUGGAAGGGCAUCAAGGUGUAACUGUACUCUUGUUAUUGUCUUUUACAGUGUCCAAGUCCUCCAUGUGGCACAAUCGUAUAUGUUUGAUGUUCUAGUUUGCUUAAAUGGUGCACAUUGCACAAUAGAUUUCCGUCCUUGUACAACUGCAUGUCAGAAGUGUUGGCCCUUGACGAUUUAUUCAAUAAAUCAAAACCAUGA